AUGGAGGAAGCUGGUGGCGGCGGCGGCCAGCAGCAGAAGCCGCCGGCGGAGGCCUCGGCGGCCACUGCGGAGGAGGGCGAGGAGCAGGCUGUCGUCACGGCCAACAACGACGCGUCCGACGAGGCGGCGGCGGAGGACAACAAGAAAAAGGACAACGACAAGGACAAGGGGAAGCAGGACCACGACAACAAGGACAACAAGGAUAAGGGGAAGAAGCCGCCGCCGCCGCUCCCCGUGGUGACGGCCGUGCUCAAGGUCGACAUGCACUGCGACGGCUGCGCCAAGCGCAUCCGCAGCUCCGUCCACCGCUACCCAGGCAACACCCAAAGCCACGCCCUUUCCUCUCCCUCCCUCCCUCCCUCCCUCUGAA